AUGCAGAUGGCGAACCACUCCUCCGCCAUCUUUGGAAGAUAUAGUUUCUUCUCAAAGAUGGACGCAGCUCUGGAAGCCCCCACCAGUGAUCAAAUCAGCACACAAUUUCACCAUCUCAGCUACUAUAUCGCAUUGGCAUGCAUAUUAUUAGGCGCAUACUUUUUCAAACUGCAGCAAAACGCCAGGAGGAGUCAUGUCGAUGCGCCUUAUUACAAGGCCUCGCUAUGGAAAUGGAUGUUUGACGCCGAGGCCCAGAUCAUUGGAAGCUACAACAAGUUUCACGGCAGAGUCUACCUGAUCAGAGCAACAGAAGGCAUGCAGCUGGUACUACCACCGGCGUUUGUGGCAGAGCUGAAAAGCCUGCCUGAAGAGACGCUGAGCGCAACCGCGGCCAUGUGUGAGGCAAUGUUGAGCGAAUAUACCCACUUUCAUUUCGCCAACAAUGGCGACCUGUUGGCGGCUUUGGUGAAAACCAAGCUUGCCCAGAACGCAACCCACACCACUAUCGUGCCGCGAUUGAAAGAGGAGAUCGACGUCUUGGUGGCUGAAGAGUUUCCCGAGUGUCGCGAUUGGACAACCUUGAAGAUACAGCCCUUUACGCUCCGUGCAGUGACUCGCAUGGCCGGGCGCAUCUUUGUGGGACCAGAAAUCAACCGUCUUGAGGACUGGGUCGAGACCAACAUCAACUUUGUCGUGCACGUGUUCAUGUCUGUGGCCAAGCUGCAGUUCAUGCCGCAGUUUCUGCGCCCGAUAGGACAGUACCUCGUUCCCGAUGUGCGACGCACGGCUGCCGAUCUUGACAAGGCCGGCAGCUUGUUGAAACCUAUCAUCGACCAGCGAAUGCGAGACAAGGAGAACUUCCCCGGCUAUGAGGCGCCCGCAGACAUGAUUUCUUGGCUGCUCGAGUCCCUCUCCGAUAACGACCGGACCGACAUUGCUGUCCAUGCCCAACUGCAGCUCAUGCUUGCCAUGGCCAGCGGCCACGGGACUAACAACAUAAUCGUCGACUGCAUCUUCGACCUUGCCGAGAACCAGGAUCUGCAGGACGAACUGCGGGCCGAGGUGGAGGCUGCGUACGCUACGGGGGCGCCAGGGAGUGACUGGACCAAGGAGAAGCUUUUGAUGUUGAAAAAGAUGGAUAGUCUCAUGAAGGAGGUGCAGCGGCUGCGAGGCAAUCUCAUCGGCUUCCACCGCAAAGUCCUGAAGCCUAUAUCUCUAUCCGACGGCACCUACCUGCCACCGGGGACGAAGCUGCUCGUCCCACAGGCGGGCAUCUCACGCGACGAGGCAUUUUACCAGUCCCCCGACACGUUUGACCCGAUGCGCUUCUACAAGCUCCGCCAGCGGCAACAAGAGCAAGACAGCAUCCGGGACGGCGGCAGCGGUUCCGGCGACGAGGAUUCAGCCAGGCACCACCAGUUCACGGCCAUCGGCGACACAAACGUCAACUUUGGCGGCGGCAGGCACGCCUGCCCCGGUCGGUUCUUUGCCUGCACCGAGAUCAAGCUGCUGCUGGCCUAUUUUUUGAGAAACUACGAGUUCCGCCUCAAGCCGGGCGAGGGGAGGCCCAAACCCUUCACCAUGAUGAUGUCCAAAGUCCCGAACCCAAAUGGCGAGGUGCAGUUCCGGAGGAGGGAGUGCGCCGACUAUUGA